CUCUGCAUCUGCUAUGAGUCGCUGAUAUGACUCACACUGUCAGUGGUCACAUUAGCUAGAAUUCAGAUGGAGCAGCUCUGGCAGUAGAAGAAGCAGACUGAUAUUGAUUACCUGCUGCAGGAGACAAUUGUGCCAAGAUAUUUCUGCAGGCAUGGCUGAAACUCGGGAGGCUCUGCUGAGCAAGAUCAGUUUAUGUUCAUAAUUUUUUUUUAAAAAAAGGUUUUAUUUUAAAAAGACAAAUUGAGUCUGGAUGCCUGUGCUGGAUUUUAGCAGCUGAACAUGGAGUAAGAUGUGACCUUAACUCUGAUUUGAAGACAUGCAAAACCACACAGUCUCACAGGAGGAAAACAGCCCUCAUUAUGCUUAGCAUGGUGAUAUUGGAGGAGUAGUGACUGGAGACAAUCUGCUGCACUCUGAUACUUCGGCAAGACAAAUCACUAACAUCUAGCAGCAAGAAGAGACGUGUUCUUCAUGACAAAAUGACAGCAAGAGAACACAGCCCCCGCCACAGUGCAAAAUCCCGUGCUGUGCAACGGGCCUCCACUAUUGACAUUGCCUCUGACAUGCUAGGUUUGUCUCUGGCAGGAAACAUCCAGGAUCCAGACGAGCCAAUUUUAGAGUUCAGCUUAGUUUGCAGUGAGUUGCUCACACCAUCGCUAGAUCGAAAACCAAAUACUUUUGUCGCAGUAAGUGUCACUACAUCGCCUCAGGCAUUCUGGACAAAGCAUGCACAGACAGAGAUUAUUGAGGGAACAAAUAAUCCUAUCUUUCUAAGCAGUAUUGCCUUUUUUCAAGACUCUCUUAUCAAUCAAAUGACGCAAAUCAAACUUUCUGUGUACGACGUCAAAGAUAGAUCUCAGGGAACAAUGUAUUUAUUGGGUUCUGGAACGUUCACUGUAAAGGAAUUACUUCAGGAGAAGAACCAUAGAUUGCAUUUAACACUAAGGUCUGCUGAAAGUGAUCGUGUAGGUAACAUCACAGUUAUAGGAUGGCAAAUGGAAGAAAAAACAGACCAAAAGCCUCCUGUAACAAGAUCUCCUGACACCAUUAAUGGGAGGACUGUACUGCCAGUUGAUGAAAGUUUAACAGAAUCUUUAGGAAUCCGAUCCAAAUAUGCUUCGUUACGGAAAGAUGUGUUACUAAAGUCUGUGUUUGGUGGUGCCAUUUGUCGGAUGUAUCGUUUCCCCACAACUGAUGGGAACCACCUGAGAAUCUUGGAGCAGAUGGCUGAGAGUGUACUGUCACUGCACAUCCCCAGACAGUUUGUGAAGCUUUUGCUUGAAGAAGAUGCAGCCAGGGUUUGUGAACUAGAAGAGCUGGGAGAGCUGUCUCCCUGUUGGGAGAGCCUUCGUCGACAAAUAGUUACUCAGUACCAAACAAUUAUACUGACUUAUCAGGAAAAUCUAACUGACUUGCAUCAAUACAAAGGCCCUUCAUUUAAAGCAAGUAGCUUGAAAGCUGAUAAAAAAUUGGAAUUCGUGCCCACAAAUUUACACAUACAAAGAAUGAGAGUCCAGGAUGAUGCAGGAUCAGAUCAGAAUUACGACAUAGUAACCAUAGGAGCACCAGCCGCUCACUGUCAAGGCUUUAAAUCGGGAGGUCUACGGAAAAAGCUGCAUAAAUUUGAAGAGGCAAAGAAACACAGUUAUGAGGAAUGUUGCACUUCAACAAGCUCCCAGUCUAUAAUAUACAUACCGCAGGACAUUAUUAGAGCAAAGGAGAUUAUUGCACAAAUCAACACCCUGAAAACUCAAGUCAGUUACUAUGCCGAAAGGCUCUCGAGAGCUGCCAAGGAUAGAUCAGCUAAUGGCCUUGAAAGAUCACUUGCCAUUUUGGCAGAUAAGACACGGCAGCUUGUCACUGUCUGUGAUUGCAAGUUACUGGCAAAUUCAAUACAUGGAUUAAAUGCUGCAAGGCCAGAUUAUAUAGCCUCAAAGGCAUCUCCAACCUCUGGAGAGGGGGAACAAGUGAUGCUAAGGAAUGAUCAAGACACCCUUGUGGCAAGAUGGACAGGAAGAAAUAGCCGAUCUUCUCUGCAGGUGGAUUGGCAUGAAGAGGAAUGGGAAAAAGUUUGGUUGAAUGUUGACAAAAGUCUGGAGUGCAUUAUUCAGAGAGUGGACAAACUUCUCCAGAAAGAACGUUUGCACAGUGAUAGCUGUGAAGAUGUUUUCCAGUGUGACAUCAGCUGUACUAGUAAGAAAGGUAAUCGGGAUACUCGUGCCUACUGGAUAAAUCCAAAAGGCUUAGAUGAGACCUCAUCCUCACCACCAUCAUCCUCACCACCAUCUUCAACCAUAUCAUCCUCUGCAUGCCCUUCUCACAGAAACACAAAUUGCAGCCCCCCUCCUGAAGAGUCCAGCCCAGGUGAAUGGAGUGAGGCUCUUUACCCGUUGCUGACAACACUCACAGACUGUGUAGCCAUGAUGAGUGACAAGGCAAAGAAAGCUAUGGUCUUUUUGUUAAUGCAGGAUAGCGCUCCUACAAUAGCUCUGUGCCUGAGCCUUCAAUAUCGCAGGGAUGUUGUCUUCUGCCAAACUCUGACAGCUCUUAUUUGUGGUUUCAUUAUCAAGCUGAGGAACUGCCUGCAUGAUGAUGGAUUCCUAAGGCAGCUCUACACCAUUGGUCUGCUGGCGCAGUUUGAAAGCCUUUUGAGCACAUAUGGUGAAGAGCUGGCAAUGCUGGAGGACAUGAAUUUGGGAAUAAUGGAUUUGAGAAAUGUAACCUUUAAAGUAACUCAGGCCACAUCAAGUGCAUCUGCUGACAUGCUGCCAGUCAUUACAGGAAAUCGUGAUGGAUUUAAUGUGAGGAUUCCUUUGCCAAGCGCCUUGUUUGAUUCGUUGCCACGGGAGAUUCAGAGCGGCAUGCUACUGAGAGUUCAGCCUGUUCUUUUCAACGUGGGAAUCAAUGAGCAGCAAACCCUAGCAGAGAAGUUUGGAGACACCUCGUUACAAGAAAUAAUUAAUAUGGAGAGUUUAGUUCGGUUGAAUUCCUAUUUUGAGCAGUUCAAGGAAGUUUUGCCCGAUGAUUGCCUACCUCGUUCUCGUAGUCAGACGUGCCUGCCUGAACUGUUAAGGUUUUUGGGACAGAAUGUACAUGCAAGAAAAAAUAAGAAUGUUGAUAUUCUUUGGCAAGCUGCUGAGAUAUGCCGGAGACUAAACGGUGUUCGAUUUACAAGUUGUAAAAGUGCCAAGGACAGGACAGCCAUGUCAGUGACCCUAGAGCAGUGUUUGAUCCUGCAGCAUGAACAUGGAAUGGCUCCUCAGGUCUUCACCCAGGCACUGGAGUGCAUGAGGAGCAUUGGAACACGGGAGGUAGUCACCCAGAAGAACUUGAGUGGCUUGGUGCCCAUCCGAGAUUUCGGGCUAGACCCCAGCCUCCUCUACUCUUUUCCUUUACUAGCUCUGAGCCCCAAUUUACUGAUUGUGUGGCUAUUUCUGAGCGUAGCAUACCUGGUGGCCCGAUUACGUUGCAAAUGAAGACAAGCUUAAAUAAAACAAAAAUAGAUAAAGUGCUUAAAUAUGUAUUGCCACCUGAUACCUGCUGGACAAAGGAAUGUGUCAUAGCAAUGUCUGCCAAGAAUUAUUAUUAUGCCUUACAAUUUUACGUUUAUAUUGUACUAAACUGUAAAUAUACAUCAAAUUAUUUUAUCAAGAGGAAUUGUAUUGAAAGUUUAAACCACUGUUAUGCUUUCAGUGCUUGUAACAUAGUCUGAAGUUGGCUGUUACCUCGUUACUUUAGCUGGCCUGAAGAUCAGUUUCUCUUACCAAAUAUUUCUCUUACAUUCAGAUCUAAGAGUCUCUCUCAUAUAUACAGUUUUGUGUUACUUGUUUCAUGUAUUCCAGAGAAAGGAACUCUGUCUGAAAAGAAUUUAUAUCUUUUUGUAUAAUCUUUAAGUGUAUGCUAACCUUGCCUUUCAUUUUUAUGAGGUAGGAAGAGAAAAAUUUAAAAUAGGUGGGGUUUAUAACAAAUGUAACUAAAUAAAUCUGACACUUUCUACUUCCAUUUCAAAGCAUAAUCGCUAAAUUACAGUAGUAAACAGUUUGCAGAACCCAUAGUUUUGUUCCUUUCUCAUGUUUAAAUCUAUUUCAAUAGCAUAUACUGUACCCGCUCAAAAAAACCCUUGAAUUGCAGUGUACUGCAUGCAAUAUUAUUCCAUUAUGUUUACUGGUAUACAUUUCUGUAGCCUAUUUAAGUGACUGACUCUCAGAAAAGGAGAGUAUGUAGUAAAAAUAGACUAAUAGUGAUCCGUUGUUCUUUUAUUCCUCCUUGGGGAAAGAGGCUCCGUUUUUAAAUUAUAAAAAAGAGAAUUCUCAAUCAGGAUAAUAACUUAUAAAUUAAUUAUGUUGACAUAUAAUAUACCAGGCAAGAAAAGAGGUAUAUUAGUUACCUCCCUUAGUGUGGUUACACUGAACUACAAAGGCAAAGCAUUUGGGUUUUGUGCAGUGACAAUAGGCAAAAUAUUACUGUUGUUUCUAUUCUUAAAUAUUUGCUAUAUGUGCACAGAUAUUAUGGUUAUGGGAGCCACAUAAGUACCUGGGUAAACAGAUGACAGUGAGUUAAUAUGUAAUUUCUAUCAUCAUUAUAAUUAGCCCAAAUAGGCACAUACAGCAUUCAGAAAGCCUAGAUAACUGUAACUAUUAUAUUCAUUUUGAUGUUUUUAGAAGCAUUUCUGACCAGUAAUAAUGCAAGAUGAAAAAGCAGCUAUGUAAUUUUGAGUUUAGAAUAGACUCUUAAAUUCAGGAAAUGUUUAAUUUCCUGUUAUAACUAAAUCAGAAAGUACAUGGCUAUAUUUUCUUUUAUGUCUUCACCAAAUCAGAUUGUACAGUACAAUGUCUCCUGACUUCCAUACCCCAGAUACCCUCUUUUAUGUUUUUUUAAAAAGGCGAAUCUAUUUAAAUUUAUAUUUCAUUUAAAAAAAACAACCUGGAAUGAAUUUGGGAAAGCUUAUUGCUGAUGAAAUUGAAACCAUGGCAUUCCAGUAAUGGAAAAUACAAAGCUGAUUGGUGGCAGGUAUAAAUUACUCUGCAUCUGCCACUACAUCUCAGUCCUGAUCUUCACACACUUCUAAUUCUAGCCUUAUUUGUCCCCUGAACAGCCUGCCUUUUGUGCCAAAUUCUGUGUUUUUAUUAUGUGAAUAAGCAUCCAGUACAGACAAAGGCCUUGAUCCAGCAAAAUGCUAAGCACGCUAGCCCAGUCUGGGAAGUAUGUGCUUAACUUUGAACAUGACAAGUCCCAUAGAAGUCCGUGAAUAUUCAUGUGCUUAAAAUUAAGCAUGUUUAAAUGCUUUGCUGGACUGAGACCAACGUGCUCAUCGUCUUACAAGAUCGAACUCUAAUUUAAGAAGCUGAUUAGUCUCACUUUGGGUUAAACCCUAGGCCUACUUAAUUCAAUUUCAUUUCUUUGGGCCUAGAUUUCAUCCUUUGUGACCUAGGCUAUAUUUAAACUCAGGUCUCCAAAGCUGAAAAGCUUCGUGCAUUCUGCCAACAUACCUCGACCAGAAGAAAUUAAUUCUUCACAAAAACUAUCACAUAAUUAAGAUUCUGGUUCUUCACUACAGUCUCAAUCUUGCACAGUGCCUGAAUUCCCAAUAUACUCAGCGGAUGCUCAGUUGAGGAAGGUCAGCACUUCAUAUGACUACUUGACACCUUGCUCGAUCUGAACCUGUGCAUAGGAUCUCUAAUGAGGAGAUGACUGUUAUGUCAUAUCGAUGACAGUGUAAUAAACAUAAGUGCCAUUAGCUGAGAUGUAUUAAGCAGCACAAGGUCUCCAUUCUUUGCAUUUUAGAACACCUUUUAGUAACUUUGGGUGGUGGCAUGAAGGAGCAAUACUGUACCUUUACAAUUCAGCUGGUUACCUUUGGGCAGGAGGUUUCUCAUUCGUUUAAUUAAAUGUUGACAGGUACUAGGGUUAAGGUGUGAUAUAUUUUAAUUAAUUUAAGGCAAAGAUAACCCCUACAUUUAAGGUAAAAAUAACAAUUAUUGUUAUGCCUUUGUGGUCACAUAUCAAAAUAUAUUUUAGAUCAUAUUUAAGAUUAUACUAAAGGUAGGACUAAAGCUAAUAAAAUUAAGGAAGCUCGAUACCAGUUGGUGUAGUAUUCUGUUACCAACUCAUUCAGUUGUGUCUAGGAAUCUCGAUGGUGAAAUAGGGAUUUAUGUUCACUCUUACGUCACCUAAGGAAAAAUAAGUCAUGAAUUAAUAUUUCUGGUCUCCAUUGUUUCUAGUCAAACAGCCAUGUCCUCAGCUGAUAUAAACUGUCAUAGUUCCAUUGACGUUGAUGAUAUAUAGCAGCUAAAAAUCUGGCACAGAAGAUGAUACGUGAUAGCACAUUAUAUCUUGUCUUCACAUUCUUCACAGGAGGGGGAAAAAGCCCUUGCAGCACCAUUACUGUGACUCACUUCAGACGUGUGCAAUAACUGGUCAUGGUGGGAUGAAUUCUGAACAGUGCUAAACUUACCAUUGAAUACCCUAACUUUCUGGUUUGUGUCCCUAUCAUAACUCUAGUCCCAGAUUUGGACCUUAGCGUCCAAAAUAUGGGGGUUAGCAUGAAAA